AUGCAGAGGCGGCAGUUGAGAGGCGGAGUAGGCGCCCUCUUCAGCGGCUGUAUAUUCUUGGUGUCAUCUGUGCCCCACCAGUCCCCGUCGCGUUUGCUGCAUCGAGUCGUGUCACUGUAUUCCAAUACCCCAGCCCCCGACGCUGCCCGCUCCUCUCGCUCUUCUUCGCCACUGCGCAUUGCCAGCCAACUGACAACGGCCUCGGCCAUCCUCUGGGACCCCAAGUUUACAUCGCGAGCGCCUCCGGGCAGCCUCCACCCCGUCCACGCAGGCACUCUCGUCCCCCCGCACCGCACAGACUCGUCCAUCAGCGUCCGCAACCUCGGCGACGGUGACGCCAACGGCGACACUACGCCCAUCGUGCCCACUAUGGAUAACCGAAGACACCCCAGCUCCUUCCAGCAGCUUGAGAAGCUUGGAGAGGGCACCUAUGCCACGGUCUUCAAAGGCCGCAACCGCCAGACGGGCGAGCUCGUCGCCCUCAAGGAGAUUCACCUCGACUCAGAGGAGGGCACGCCCUCGACGGCUAUUCGUGAAAUCUCCCUCAUGAAGGAGCUGCGCCACGAGAACAUUGUCCUGCUGCACGAUGUCAUACACACCGAGAACAAACUCAUGCUUGUCUUUGAAUUCAUGGACAAGGAUCUCAAGAGGUACAUGGACUCACGCGGCGACCGAGGUGCUCUCGAUCCAGCCACCAUCAAGUCGUUCAUGUACCAGCUGCUCAAGGGAAUUGCCUUUUGCCACGAGGCCCGCGUUCUCCACCGCGAUCUAAAGCCUCAGAACCUGCUGAUCAACAACCGCGGACAGUUGAAGCUGGCCGACUUUGGUCUUGCCCGCGCUUUUGGAAUUCCAGUCAACACCUUCUCCAACGAGGUCGUGACCCUAUGGUACCGUGCUCCCGAUGUCCUGCUCGGCAGUCGCACCUAUAACACGAGCAUCGACAUUUGGUCAGCUGGCUGCAUCAUGGCCGAGAUGUACACGGGCCGACCCCUCUUCCCAGGAACUACCAACGAAGACCAGGUCCAAAAGAUCUUCCGACUAAUGGGCACGCCGUCUGAACGCUCAUGGCCAGGAAUUUCACAGCUGCCCGAGUACAAGAACAACUUCCCCGUCUACCACACCCAGGAUCUGCGCCUUAUCCUGCCACAAGUCGACCAGGUUGGGCUUAACCUGCUCAACAGUAUGCUUCAACUCCGACCAGAGAUGCGCAUAUCUGCCGCGAAUGCCCUUCAGCACCCAUGGUUCAACGACUUGCCGCAACGUCAACAAGAAGUCGCCCAGAUGCAAGCCCAGGCACAUGCCCAGGCACAGCAGGCUCAGAUGGGUGGCGGCUACCAAGUACCUCAGAACGCCUACUAG